GUGAGGUCAUACAGAGCCCCAAGAUUAUGGAAGCAGCGCAGAAAGCUGGCGAUCGUGCUGUCCCUGAGAGCAGUGCAGUGGAAUCGCUUUGUAAGGACCUCGAUUUCGUCACUGGUGAGUCUGGCGACGUCCAGCUUGAUCCCACACUCGCCUACGGAGCCGCAGCACUGACAUUCAAGGACGUGAGCUUCGAGCUGCUGCCAGGACGGGAGCGAAUUCUGUCCCCGUGCUCCGGACACUUCGAGCCUGGCACGUUGGUCGCACUCAUGGGUCCUUCUGGAAGCGGCAAGACAACGCUGCUGGAUAUCCUUGCUGGCAAGAAGACCUCGCCCUACACCGGGCAAGUCCAUCUCAAUGGCCUGCCCCGCAACGAGCUCUUCCCUCGCCUGACGAGCUAUGUCCCACAGGACGACAUGAUGUUCCCCACGGUCACUGUGAAGGAACAAGUCAUGUUCCACACCGCCUUAAAGACAGAGGUGCCUUCCACGGUCCGCCGUGAAGAUUGGGCAAAGACCAUCGAGCUUCAACUCCGAGCUGUGGGUCUGGAGGAGGUGCAGAACUCCUUGAUCGGGAGUGACGUCGUGCGGGGCAUCUCUGGUGGGCAGAGGCGUCGCGUGUCUCUGGCUUGUGGCCUGGCGACCGGCGCACAAAUCUUCUUCUGUGAUGAGCCGACGUCUGGCUUGAGUGCCACGGAUGCCGAGCAGUGCGUGAGGUACAUGCGCCUCCUGUGCAAAAAGUACGGAGUCAGCACUGUAGUUGCAAUCCACCAGCCGCGGCAAGAGGUUGCUGUCCUCUUCGAUCACCUUCUGCUCCUGACUAGUGGGGAUGUCGUCUACAACGGCAAGAUGACCGAGGCGCGGCGCUAUUGGAGCGACGCGGGCUUUCCCGUCCCGGACCUGGUUUCUCCGACGGACUAUUUCCUGGACUUGGUGACCCCCGGGACGCUGGACUCACAGGUGGACCUCUUCCGGGAGUUUUAUCAGACCAGUCCCAAGGGCAAGGCAUCCGUCGAUGAAUUAGUGGACCGGGAGCUCUGUAAGGCCGCGUUGACGGCGGAGGAGCUCUUGGAGGCCAGACACCGGCGAUUGUCGCAGUUUGGAGACAUGCCACCAUUGAGGUCUCACAGCAUCUACGGGGUCAGGUUCCAGAAGCAACUGCAGAAGGUCUUUUGUAGGCAAGUACGCCUCCUCCUUCGGGAUCAGCAGGGAGUGCUUACCGAGAUUUUGGUGGCCAUGGUGCAGGCUUUGGUUGUAGGUGCAGCGUACAUUGGCAUUGGAAAGGGAGAAGAUGCUGGAUAUCACCAGGUCGGAUUCUACUUCAUGCUGGUGAUGACAUGCGCCCUCUCCGGCAUCAAG